AUACCAAAGCACUUCGCAUUCUCAAUUUUGCAAAAUCCUCUCCCUUUUAGGUGUGGGAGUCUCUUGAAAGGCCUCUGGAAAAGAACAUUUACGCACUAGCAAAGUCGCAAUCCGAUGAUCACGACGGGCGAAUUAGGAUCUGGGUUCGAUGGUGAUGAAGCUACACGAGACGGACUUAGGGAUCCGAAUUCUGAUAACGAGAUUGUUGAUUUGGGUACUGUUGGCGGUGAUAAUGAAGGUAAUGAAUCUUCGGGUUCUAACAGAUUGUGCGAUACUUUCAUGGAUGAUUAUAUGGGAAUUGAAAAUCUCGACGAGGGAUUUGGGUGGGAGGAAUUGGAUCAAGCAAUUAAUGGAAGUGGAGGUUUGAUUAUGGCAAAUGAUUUAGUUGAGGAAUUAUCAAUGUCUUCGUCAAGUAUUUCAAACCUAAUAGAAGAAGUGGGAGGGGAACCAAUGGAAGAUUCAAUAAGUAAUCCUGAAUGGGAACUCUUGUUGGCUAUUAACUUUGAUAGUAAUUUAAAUGAGGAUUCUGUUAUGUUUGAUGCUGAUUAUGAUACAUUUUUAGAGCAGUUAGUGGAUAAUGAGAUUGACUGGAGGGGAAGUCCACCAGCUGCGAAAAAGGUAGUGGACAAUCUUCCAUUGGUGGACUUCAAAAGUGGGGAUUUGGUUUCUGUAGUUUGUGCUAUUUGCAAAGAUGAGGUUUUGGAAGGGGAGAAAGUAAACAAGUUGCCUUGUUGUCAUUAUUAUCAUGGUGACUGCAUUGUGCCUUGGUUGAGGAUAAGGAACACUUGUCCUGUCUGUAGAUAUGAGUUGCCCACUGAUGAUCAAGACUAUGAGAGUAGAAGCAGGAGUCGGAGGACACAGAGAAGUGCAAGUGGGAUCUCCAUGGAUCCUACCAAUUAAUGGGUAUAAUUUUUGACAUGUUGGCUUAUCUUUCAGAAUUUUAAACUGGAGUUAAUAGUUUUGCUUUCUAAAUAUUUGGAUUUUGAUGUCUUAUGCAUUUUAAAGGUUUUGCUUUUAUAAGGCAUUCAAUAUUUCUGAAUGGGAAUGCAUUCAAUUGACUGAAUUAUGUUUAAGCUGGGUUUUUCUGAUGACUAAUAGUCAAAUUGUAUGGAUAUAUCAAGUAUAAUCAAGUUUAAUAAAUAAUGUUUUUUCUUAA